CUCCUUCCCACUCUCUCUUCAUCUUUUUUUCAUUCCUUCCCUCUCUCUCUUCCUGUUCUUCUCUCUCCUUCUCCCUCCCCUCCUUUCCUCUCUCUCGAUCACACACCUCUCAUGACACACAAAAAUAUCCCCGAGACAGCAUGACUUCCAUGGGAUCUGGCAACUGAUGAAGGAACAAACAGUAUACAAGGCAAAUCUGACUCUUUUGCUGCCGAUUUUUUAUCUUACGCAUAUCCUCUGGGUAAUAUUUCCGCGCCCGGUGUAUGGUCACAUCUCUUCGUUUUUCCCCACGCUGCGACAUCUCUCUUUCGACAAUUAAAUGUGUUCUGUAGUGUUCAUUAUAAUCAAAAUCUUUUGAGAUGAGCAUUGAUGACGAUAAUAGAGAAAUCAUAGUGACAUUUCCCCCUAAAAGCAUCUAUUCCUGUGUAUUAAUUCAUAAAUUUGGUUAAUAACGCAGCCAAUGGCAUAUUUAAGCCCCACUUUGACUGUCUUCUCAAAUUAGGCUCUCACAUGACUACCAGAUGCACUGAUUACCAAUACCAAUAUCCACAAAUACCCACAUAAUGAUUCCCCCUCCCCCUUACCGUGCCAUCCUAGGGUGCCCCAAUGACGACUUCAAGUGUGCCACCACUGACAUCUGUAUCCCCAAAUCGUGGCUCUGUGACGGCGCAGAUGACUGUAGAGACAAUAGUGACGAGACUGACUGUGACUUCCUUCAGUCAUCACCGACAGAUCAGCUAGAAACUCUUGCUCCUCUUGGGCAGUUCCCUUACCCUAGAGAAGAAAACCACGAUAGAGAAUACUCGCAAACGUCAAGCGAAGACCUGGCGAGCGCAAACAGAACGGAAUAUCAGGGCGCUGCUGGUGGAUUCUUCCCCGAGAGCGCGGGAGUAAGCGAGGUGAUCGAUGGCAAUGUUCUUCCUGGAGAAUCCGUCCCUUACCAGGAGGCGCUUGUUGGCACUCCAUCCUCUGACGAAGGCAUUCCAACCCCCUUGACUUACGGAGACGAACUGCAGGUCUUUUCCGAAGAAGUCUCUCAGGAGUUCCCCGGUCAGUCACAGUACCCAGAGGCCUAUCCAGAUGAAGCAGUUUCACAGGGCUCAGAACAGUUCCUUGCAGGAGACCAGAAUGGAGAGACACAGUUCUCUGAUGCUGGUUUUCAGCCAUAUCCCGGAAAUCAGUACCAACCAAUUGAGAAUUAUCAAGGACCCUCUGAAUACGAGUAUCAAUCCCAGGAGAACUAUCAGGAUCCCUCAGAAUACGAGUAUCAGUCAGAGGAAAGCUACCCGGGAUUAACAGAAUACCAAUACCAGUCCCAGGAAAAUCGUCAAGAACCGCCAGAAUACCAGUAUCAACCUGAAGGCUCGUCAGAAUACCAGUUCCAUGAUCCGUCAGAGAGUCUGUACCAACCUCAGGAGAAUUACCAAGGUCCACCAGAAAAUAUUUACUCAGAAGGUAGCUUCCCCCAGGCAUCUGGCGUGUUCCCUCCGGAGGAAAUUCAACCUCCACUCGAUUUCCAGACUGAUGAUUCCCUGCCCGUGACACAGCAGCCGUUGCCAGAGCAGCCACAGGAAAAUAACUUCGAUGUAUUCAGUAACGCAGAGCAAGGGUUCCAGACCCCUCUAGGUGAGCAGCAGCCGUCACCAGGAGAGUAUCAGCCAUUCCAGGAGCAGCCAGCUCCAGGUAGUGAUUACCAAGAAUUUCGGGAACAGCCAGCACCAAAUGGCGACUUCCAACAAUUCCAGGAACAGCCAACAUUAAACGGAGAUUUCCAACAAUUCCAAGAGCAACCCACACUAAACGGUGAUUACCAACAAUUUCCGGAGCAGCCAACACCAAAUGGUGAAUUCCAGCAGUUCCAGGAACAGCCAUUUGCUAGUGGUGAUUUCCAGCAGUUCCAGGAUCAGCCAGUAACGCCCGAUGGUUCCCAGCAGUUCCAGGAACAACCAGCACUUGCCGAUGAUUUCCUGCAGUUCGGUGAACAGCCGGCUACCGACUCUUUCAACAGCGAGCAGCCGCCUCAGCCAGCACUCGACACCCAGCAAGGCCUCGAUUCCUUCCAGCAACAAGAGUCCGAAACUCAGGUUGGCGAACAGGAGUCUUUUGAUUCUGAAAAUUUACCCGAAGAAAACGUUCAGACGAAUGAGGAUGCUGCUGCACUAUCUGAAACACAUGCGCAGAGUGAGAAUGGAGUACUUGAAGAUGAACCCGAGCCUGUUCGCAGUAAAGACAAAUGGUACGAAGAUGCUGGAGAUUUAAAUGUACCAGAUGCAUUGGGGAGUGAUGUACGGGUCGAGGGGAAGGAGAGCGUCCCAGAAGAAAGUGAAAAUAGUCUAACUUCAGACUCGUCCGCAACACAAACUGAAGACGAGGAGGAGGAGCAGGAAAAUGAGUCUCCCUUUUUAAGCAGGCUCAGAGGGGCUUCUCGCUUCCCCAAUCUUCGUCGUCCCUUCACUAGGCGUCCUCAGAGACCCACACCAAGACCAACCCAGGCUUUGACAACACCCAGAGUCCCAUCUUCUUCAGACACGACAGAAUCUUUCAGGUCACGGUUCCAGAAGUGGCGCAGUUCUCGCCUCCCCCCAGCACCCAGUUAUGAAUCCCUUCGACUAAAUGCCUUGAGAGAACACGAAGACAGCCAGCCAGAGAUUGCAGAGGAAUCACCCGAAGUAGCACCAGGACCAGCAGCCUCACACACGUCUGCCAUCACGAGGCGUCCUUUGGGAAUACGAACCUCGAGAAUCACAUCACGUCUAAAUCCUUUUACCCACCACGAGGAACUACUCAAGGAGAACGUUGAAUCAGAGGAAUCCGCUCUUGUCAUUCCUGAAGAGGAGGAGCAGAUACCUGACAGCGAACUCGCACAAUCCACUAAUUACAAUGUGCAAGUGUCCCCUCCUGUGCUGCAGAGUACAUAUGACAAUAGCCAAUAUAACCCCCAAGGCUACGACUCCCUGGCAAGACAAGGACCUACAUUCAUCCAGACCCACGACUCUCCUUACAACGCUAAUCAGAGGCUUCGAGAAUACAACCCAGACGUUGCCAGACGUCGUUUGGACAAUCAUUCACCCUAUCACUUGUCAUUUAAUCACAAUCAGUAUUCACAAGGUAACACGCAUAAAUAAACAAGUGUAAGCUUCGUGGUCUCGUCACAUCAAGUCACGUACGUAUGAACUUUAUAUUUGUCUACAAAAUGUGGGAUUGGUUAAAGUUGACUGACUGCAUGCCUGAGUUCUUCUGUGCCUGUCCUUUUUGAAAUAAUAUCCAUAGAUUUGAUUCAUCAGAACAGUUUACCAUAGUUCAGUUAAUAGCAUGGAAAAGGAUUGCCAAGUUAAAAAUCACAAUCACUUGCAUGUAAUUAGUACACAUAGUAAACAAUAAAAUUCUAACCUUACUGUCAAUGUAAAGUUUACAGCCUAUUUCCGUGUCAGAUAUACAGCCAUUUUACAUGCAGUUUCUAUAAAACCCACCUUAGAAGCAUUCACUCCAGAGAGCUCAAAUUCAGAAACUAGCGGCUCUGAACGACAU